AUGAAAUCCAUUCUUUAGGUCUUUCUUCCUCUCUCAUUUUGAAGGGGCCUUGUUUCUCUGAAGAUAAAGCAAAGGAAAAUUCCAGAGAAAGAAUAUCCAGACACAAUGGCCUUGGAGAGUACAAUGCAGAUACCAGCUCUUGGCCGUCCCUUAUAUCUGGGGACACUCUAUGACUGCCGCACAGAUACCUUUAUCCCUGGCAUCACUUUGUGGGACAGGGAGACCCUCGAAAGCAAUGUAAAAAGAGAAGAGCAAAACAAGACUGAAUUUGAUAUUCUCACCUCUGACUCUAUUGAUGCAAAGACUAGUGCCAUGGACAUCCAUGGAGAGCUGAAAGCAAGUAUCCUCGGGGGGAUGGUUGAUAUAGGAGGCUCUGCUAAAUAUUUACGUGACACCAAGACAUCUGAACAGCUUGUCCGAAUGACUCUCAAGUACAGUAUGACCACACAGUAUUGUCAUUUGACAAUGAACCACCUGGGAUAUCAGAAUAUCUCUUACCCUGAUGUGUUUGACAAAGGGACAGCCACCCAUGUGGUCACUGCAGUGCUUUAUGGGGCCCAGGCUUUCUUUGUGUUUGAUCAGAAAAUUUCCACUAAUGAAAAAGUCAAGGAUAUAGAAGGAUCAUUGAAGGCUGAAGUAGAGAAGAUUCCCAAAGUAGCAAUAAAAUUAGGGGGAGAAAUGAAAAAGGAGAAUAAUGUGAAAAAAUCAAGUCAGGAAUUCAAGUGUACCUUUUAUGGGGAUUUUGUUCUUGAAAACAAUCCAGUGACUUAUGAAGAUGCAGUAAAAAUCUGUUCCUCCUUUCCAAAGCUGCUUAAGGGCCAUGGAGUGCCACUUCAAGUCUGGUUGUACCCUCUGGAGAAGCUGAGCUCCAAGGCUGCCAAGCUAGCUCGAGGGAUCAGCAUUAACUUGAUAUGUGAUGCCCAGGACACUCUGGAGGAGUUAUCUGAGUGUAACAAGAGGUGUAAUGACAUCUUGAAUACACCAGAGCUCUUUGUUUUUUCUGCAACCCAGGAAAAAGUCAGACUCUUCCAAGAGCUAAAUAAGCAGCACAGACAUAUUUUACAAAAGGAAAUAGCCAAGGUGUUACCUCGGAUCCGGAUGGGCGAAGGAGAGGAAGAUGAGCUAGUCAACACUUUAACUAGGGAAAGCCAGUCCCCAUUCAGCUCUAGGAAGCUCUCAGUAUUCCUACAUCAAAAGCUCCGUGAGAUAAAGGUGGUAAAUUCCUACCUCGCCCUUCUGAAGGAGGUGAGAGUCAUAGCUGACCAGAAUGAGUUGGAGGAUAUGGUACUAGGUUCUCCCCACCAAUUUGCCCUAGUAUUUGCAUUCACUUCUUUGCAUGAGGAACCCUUCUUAGCAGAUUGGAAACAGUGGAUUGGGAAUCCAGAUUCAUUCAGUCCCGAAUGUGAGCAAAAGACAUAUUCCUCUUGGGUGGAGGACAAAGAGACAAGGAGAAAAGCGUUCCAAUUGGCAGAAUCCUUUUCCAAAUUUGCCAAGACAAAUCAUUCCACUGUAAAGACUCAGUUCCUUGUGGCAUCUGUCCCAGACCAGGAGAGCAAGGGGGUCUCCAUUCACCUCUAUGAAAGAGGACUGCAGAUCAGCUCCAAUUUUGAGCUACCAGUCAAACCUCCUGCUCCCCAGAUUGGGAGAGUCACACAUGAUUGUAUAGAGCUCACAUUGACCUCAGCAUCUAGAAACGAUAAGAGGAUCAUUGGCUAUCAGGUAGAGUACCAAGUUGUAGGAGAAGAUGACUGGACCACCAUCCCUGUGUCUGGAAAGCCAAAGGUAUUCAAAGUGAGUGGGCUACAGCCUAGCACAGAGUACGUGUUCCAAUUUGCUAAGGUGUGUGAAGUAGGAUGUAGUGAAAGCAGUGAUGUGAGCUAUGCUGUGAGAACACUUCCUCCUACCAGCCCUCCUGGGAAGCCAGAAGCUGUUGUGGUAGGGCCACAGUCUGUAACCCUCCAAUGGCAGGGUCCAAGUGUGGUUGGAGCAGGAGUCAAGAUCAAGGAAUAUAAAAUAGAGUAUAGAGAGAAGACUGAGGCUGUGAGUGAGGAGGGGGAAGGUGAAUGGUGUGAACACAGAACCAGAAAUAUGUACUGUGUCAUUGAUGGACUGACACCUCAGACUGUAUACUGGUUCCAAGUUUCAGCUGUGUAUGAUGAUGGCUGGACAAGUGAGAGCAGUGAGAAGAGUGAUCCAGUGAUGACCCUCUCUGCUACCGAAGAAGCUACAGAUUCUGGUCUUGGAACUAACAGAUGCUCUGAGGAGAUAAGAAUUAUCCUCUUGGGGAAGACAGGAUCUGGGAAAAGUGCAACAGGAAAUACUAUCCUUGGCUGGGAAGCCUUUAAAUCUGAAUUAUCUCCAGUCUCAGUAACCAAGAAAUGCAAAAAAGCAAGAUGUAUGAGGAAUAACAAGAUAUUUUCAGUGAUUGACACACCUGGUAUUUUUGAUACAGAAAAAAAUACCAAAAAAACUUUAAAAGAACUUGCAACGUGCCUGGCAAUCUCCUCCCCGGGGCCUCAUGUAUUUGUUCUUGUUAUGCCUUUAGGUUGCUUUACUGAAGAAGAGAAGAACACCAUUCAACUCAUUCAAAUGCUUUUUGGAGAUGAUGCACUGAAAUACACCAUAUUCUUAUUCACUAUAAAAAGGGGAUUGAAGGGGAAGAGCAUAGAUGAUUUCAUGGAGAAAUAUGAGGACCGGGACUUUGGGGAGUUGAUACAAAGGUGCAAGAGACGGUAUUGUGCUUUUGACAAUGAUGACACAGUGGGAAAAAAGGAAUGCCAGGUCAGGAAGUUCAUAGCAAUGGUCAACCAAAUGGUGCAGGACAAUGGAGGCUCCUGCUACAGUGGUAAUAUUUACCCUCGUGUUGAGAAUAUUAUCAAAGAACAAAAAAGGGUGAAUCCGAGGAGGCAGAAUUUCUUAAAGGAAAACAAUGAACUUUUCAGUGUCCUAGAACAAUCUAAUAGUGAAAGAGAAAGUGAUAAGGAUAGUUUAUUAAUAAGGGUGAUUCGGGCCAUUCUCAAUGCUUUCUAUAAACUUUGGGAAAAAAUUUUUUCUUUUAUCCAGAAUCUUAAAACUGAGAUGGGAGGAACUCCCAUUGCUAUUAGUGCUUCUUAGGAUGAUAGCUUUUGUCAGUGAUGAAAACACACUGAAUAUUUAAUACUUUCCAAAACCAUAGGAACCUUUCCCCCUCCUAUCUUAGUAUGAGGAAUCUCAUCAUGAAGGUAGAUCAGAACUUUUAAAAAGUCCCUUACUGAGCACUUAUCCCAAGUUCCUAUCCAGUCCAUCCUCCUCUGCCCCUGCUGCUGCCUCACACACCUGAAAAUUACCUUUUGGCUAAACCCCUGUGGAUGAAUUUCUCUUAACCUAACAAAAGGUGAUCUUUGGAAAAUAGGUGUUAUUGUCUGUGAUGAAGCCUAUACUCUAAGGAGGUCCAACCCAAUAGGAAACACCAGAGCUUGUACACCCCUUACAAAGCUUUCAAGAACUCAGGUCAUCUCCAUGUUGGGAUGAGGUACCACCACAGGAACUACAGAAAAAUGUCUACAAAUUAGCCUUUAGGCAUAUCCAGAGAUACCCAGGGACAUAGGUAGCCCACAAAACAUUGUGUCCAUUAGGAGCACAAGAGGAGAAUUUUUCCCUGAGAAUUGCUCAAGUUUGUCAGAGGGAAUCUUGGAAGGCCCAUGGAGCAACAGUAGGCAGCAAGCUUCAUGCUGUUGCAGUGCUCGGAGAGGGCUAUCUUGGACCUAGGGACUUUGAUGUCCCAAAUGCUCUAAACAGGUACUGAGAUUCCAGAGAGCCUUAAAGACCCAGAGUAGGAGGCUUAUUCUGGGAAAUGGAAGUCAGCACAAUAACUCAAAAGAACUAGGGUGAGACCAAUCUGCUCAACCCAAAAGGACAGUAGAGUACAUGGACUGACCAUAGCACAAAGUCCCAAUUCAGAAAUUAAAGCUGGAUAUGAAUAAAUCAAAGAAAAACAUUGGCAAGUAUAAAAAAAUUAUAUAAGACAUAAACAUGCUCCCAAAGUAUGAGCAAGAAUCCCUAUAAAACUGCAAGCAGAGACUCAAAUGAAAAAUAAACUUUCCAUGAGAAUUAUAUGAAUAUCCAGAAGAAAUGAAGGAAGAUAUUUUUAACAUAACAAAAAUAGCUAGCAUCUUUAUCCUUACUAAAACCUUAGAAGAUAGAUAGAUACUAUUAUCAUCCCCAUUUUACAGAUGAGGAAAUUGAAAAAUCAGGCAGGAUUUAAGUGAUAUUCACAUCUAGCAAUUAUAUGAAGCUGAAUUUGAACUCAGGUCUUUCUGAAUCCAGGUCCAAGGUUCUACCAACCGAAUCACCUUACUGACUAAAAUAAAAUAAAAUUCUGGAAGAAUGAACUAGAAGAAUAAGUAGAUUAGAAGAGAAAAUGGUAAACCUUACACAAGUAAUAGAGAUCCUAAAUAUUAGAAAAGGUCAUAUUAUUGGCUCCUCAAGAUAUUUAAGAAAUAUUAGAACAAAAUAAAAAGACUGAAAAAGUGUAAGAUAUCAGAUAUCAAAAACA